ACAGGCGUGUGCAUAAAGACAGAUCCCCAGCUCAGCAGCCAGACACGAAGUUCUCAGCCGACAUCCACCAUGUUUCACCUCUUGCUUGUGGCCGUUGUACUUCUGGGAGGAUACAUCUUCCUCACACAGACUCUCUUCAAAAGAUCCAAAUGCAAAGGAAACGCCGCGAUGUCAGGGAAGACCGUCAUUAUCACAGGAGGAAAUACAGGCAUUGGUAAAGCCACGGCUUUGCAUCUGGCCAGGAAAGGAGCCAGAGUGAUCCUGGCCUGCCGAAACAAGAACAAAGCUGCAGCUGCCAUUGCAGAAAUAGAAAAGGAAACGGGAAGUACAGACGUGAUCUACAUGCACUUGGACCUAGCCAGUCUGAAGUCUGUCCGCAGUUUCGCGGAAACAUUCCUGAAAACUGAGUCCAGGCUGGAUUUGCUCAUCAACAAUGCUGGAUUGGUGGCAGACGGGCGGACUGAGGAUGGAUAUGGCAUCGAGUUUGGGGUGAACCACUUGGGUCACUUCCUGUUGACCAAUUUGCUGUUGGAGAGGAUGAAGAAGACAGGGGGAGGACGAGUGAUCACCCUGUCCUCCAUGGCUCAUCGCUGGGGACACAUUGACUUUAACGCUCUGGUUGCAAACAAAGACCUGGGAACUGGCAGAUAUAGCUGGCAAUUUUUCCAUGCAUACUGCAACAGCAAACUGUGCAAUGUGCUUUUCACCCAUGAGCUUGCCAAGAGGCUGAAAGGAACUGAUGUCACAUGCUACAGUGUUCACCCAGGUGUUGUCCGGACUGAACUGUCUAGAAAUGUCAGCCUGUGGCAGAAGAUUUUCAUCCAGCCUGUGGCCUGGUUGCUGUUCCUGGACCCCGAGACAGGAGCUCAGACCACACUGCACUGUGCCUUGCAGGAAGGACUCGAACCUCUGAGUGGGAAGUACUUCUCCUGCUGUGAGGCACAGGAAGUGUCCGCUCAUGCCCGAGAUGACAAGGUGGCCCUGAAACUGUGGGAGGUCAGCGAGAAACUCUGUGGACUGGCAUAGAUUUAUUGACCUUGCUAUAAACCAGUUGUCGAGUCCAUGAGCGAUGAGCUGUCAUUCAGACCUUUCUAAUGGUAUCGGUGGUACAGUGCUAUAUGAACAUCUAGUUUGCUGUACAGCACUUCUUUUUCUUUUCUUUUUUUUUUUUUUUUAAUCCUUACACUUUUCCUUUUUUCUGAAAUUUAAACAUCAUUUCUGGUGUUGAAUUUAAUUGGUGUUGCUACAGUGCCAUCAGCAGGAUAGAAGCUGGGAAUAAUCAUGUUCACCAGUGUCUUUUUUUUUUUUUUUUUUAAAUAUGGUGUAUUUAUUGUGAGCUGAUACAUAUUUGGUAUGUUACUGUUCUGUCACCUGUUGUGAGACAAUGGCAACAUGUUUUAACAGUUUCGUCAUAUUUUUUUUUAAAUCAUUUUUUAUUUUGUAUUUUUAUGUAAAUAUUUUUGAAUUCUCUGUACAUUGUGUUCAUACUGAGGUCCUUACUGAAGUUUGCCUUAAUAAAAAAUGUCGACCAGAA